UGAGGACGAUCAUUUGUUUCUGAGUUUAUGUUUUUGUCUUGAUUAAUGUGUUGUGCAUUUGCCCGGGAAUAUGAUAUUUCAGAAGGUGUGGGGAGUUGUGUUGGCAAAAUCAUCAAUGGUUGCUGAUGAGAAAUGGCAAUUUUGACUAGAAAUGUGUUGCAUAGUGUUUGGGAGUUUUCUGGUGUGGACAUUUCAUGAUAAUGCUGUAAGCUGUUAUGUUUUGAUCCAUUAGAUGUGUGCCAAUAACGAGAGUUUAGCUAUACUUAUCCACCUUGUAAUUAUGCCUAAACACUGAAUAAUUUAAUUAUAUAGAAGGAUUAUGGGGGAUCACUUCUUUCUUUUAUUAUUUGUUCUUUGUUGUUGUAGGAGAACUUAGUCAUCCUUAAGGAUAAGAAAAUUUUGUGCAAAAACGGUUGCUUUCUCGAAGAUCAGAGUAAUGGUUUAUGCACAAAUCAUGAACACCAUAACAGCUGUUUUGUGUACCGUUAUGGCUUCACAAAUCCUCCAAAUAUCAUGUUUGAAGUAAUUCUUCAAAAGCAGUUCACUUUGAAAUAUGAAAGGGCUGAAGAAAAGGACUCACUUUAUUUGUAUCCAAGAUCUGGUCCUGCUGGAGAGGGAAAUGUAGCCUAUAAGAGGUUUUCUAAAAGAAAAGAUUGUGAUUCCUCUUUGAUUUGUCUAAUGUACUUAACGGGGGGCUAUCAAGACUUUAGGUACAGCUGUUGGAGCAAGUGAUGGCAACCUAAACUAAACAAACAUUACUGCCUCCUGGCAGGAGCGGAGCCACUUGACUUGUUAGAAGAGGAGCUGAACCCAUCAAAAGAGUUCUUGUCUACUUUGAAGUAAAGUGGGUAAAGCUAGGUUAAUGAAACUGUUAGUAUUUAAAUAGGUGACAAAAUAGUUUUGUCUUUUACAUGUACUUGUGCUGUUAAGAUCCUGAAGCUUGCUGAUGCAAUUUUGUUUUGAUGCUUCACUUGUCUCUGUUGACUUUAUAGAUUGAGAUAUUGUGAGGCUAGUGUAGCUUCUCUUGCAAAAUUAUGAGAACACAGUUUGACGAUGAUUUUCCUCUCUUUGAAUACAGUUCUUCCAUCUUAGCUGCAGAUGAGUUCAUUACUAGUUUACUACUCCUAUGGUGCAUCAUUUGACUAUUUAGCUGAACUAUUAGUCUCUAUCUUGCUACCAUUAGAAGAUAAACAAACAAGAUAAUCUACUAUGAAAUUAAAUGCCUUUUCAAUUAUGUUCCUUUGAUGGGUGCCUUUCGCUUUUAUGGUCAUCCGUCUCGUUUCCUACUCCAAACUCUUGAUGUUUCAGAAAUGUUUCUCAGGAUUUGUCGUUACGAUUUUCUCCACCAUAGUCUUGUGCAAGUCUGAUGAUGUUCUGCGGAAACAGACUGCUCUAAAGGGGGAAAGGAAGAUCACUAUCCUAGUAGAUAUAAUGGCGCGACUAGCAGCCAUGAUCCUGAAGUUUUUUUUGUUACUGUAUUAUAAGAAUGGUAAAGCCCAUAAUUUUCGCAGACAGGGCCAAAUUUUGACCCUGGUUGAGUAUGCACUGCUUCUUUACCGUGCUUUGUUGCCAACCCCCGUAUGGUAUAGAUUCUUCUUGAACAAAGUCUAUGGGAGUCUCUUUUCAUCAGUAACGACAGGAUUGUACUUAACUUUCAAGCUGACAUCAAUUGUCGAGAAAGUUCGAUCUUUAUUUGCCGCCUCAAAGGCAUUAUCCAGGAAAGAAGUUCAUUACGGAUCCCGUGCCACGCCAGAGCAGGUAAAUGCAGCUGGAGACCUAUGUGCUAUAUGCCAGGAGAAAUUGCAGACACCCAUUGUGCUACGCUGCAAGCAUAUCUUCUGCGAAGACUGUGUUUCAGAAUGGUUUGUUUUUAUCUGUUCGAGAGAGAGCGAACGUGCCCUUUGUGCAGGUCUCUGGUUAGACCUGCCGAUCUUAAAUCGUAUGGGGAUGGAUCAACUAGUCUUUACUUCCAGAUAUUCUGAUCUCUCGGUAAACUUUUCAUCCAUACUCACCUCUCAAGUGAAGGGCAGUUUCCGAAGCUGGCUUCGCGAAAAAACUUCACUAUUUCUUGCCGUCUAUCAAGAAUAUCACCAUGACAAAAAUCUGCAGCAUGUUUGCAUAUUUAUGUAGUUAUAAAUAGGGCUGUUCAAAGUCAGAAAAAAAUUGGUUGAUGAGAGAAUAUUUUGGGUUCAGUUUCUGUGUAUAAAUUGUUUUAAUUCAUGCCUAUGUGUUUCAAAAGUAUUCAGUACUAUUGAAUGAUUAAAAAAAUAAAAGGGAGAUGAUAGAGAACCUUUUUCAGAUGUAUAUAUUGCCACGGGGCAUGUAUAGGAUAUAAAUAUAUAUUUGAAGAAGUAUUUGUAACAUAAAAGAUAAAUAUAUAUUUCUUUCAUGGAUUUUUGUGUGAGGAGUCGGUUAAAUUCGUCAUAUUUUCUUAUAAUAAAC